AUGGCCUUGCCACGGUCUGCAGCUCUUCGGAGCAGCCUGCGCUCUGCGACCCUCAAACGAACCACAACACAAGCUCGAACUACUCUCCGCGACAUUGGCCGCCGGACCUAUGCCGAAAGUCACACCACUAAGAAGAGCAGCGAUUUGCCUUGGCUGAUCGGAUCCGUCGUCUUCACCGUCCCUGCUGCAGGAUGGCUCCUCCAGCAAGGUCCUAAGACCUCCUCCGACCAUGGUCACGGCGAAACAGAGCCCCACGAGGUUUCGGAGGAAGCUCCCGCUGAAGAAUCUGAGGAGGAGCCCGAAGAGGAGGGUGAAGAAGAGUCCAAGGAUGAAGACAAGGAAGACAACGCAGACAAGAAAUCUGGCGGUACAACUGAACCGGAAGAUCAAACUGCUGGCUCGCCCGACGGAAAAGAGAGACACACAACCGAGUCGGCCGGUGACAAGCAGAAACAAGGAGAUAUGUCCGGAGCCAGCAAUCCAUUCCUCGGAGACGGUGACAGAUCGAAGAAGCCUGAGGGACCAGCAGCCACAGCUCGAAUUCAUGGCACAGUCGACACAAGCCAGCGACCUACUAUGGGCCACAAGGAUCCCGAAAAGUCUCAGCCACACGGCCGGGACGAGGACAAGCCACCCCAGGGGGAGGACAAGGAAGAGAAGGAAGAGUGA